AUGGCGGUGGGCACGGACUUUACAUUUUAUCACAGUACACUUUUUAUGGCAAGCAGUAUAUUUUGAUCAAAUUAGUUCAAAUGUACAUGACCUCAUUUUAUAAAGGUUUACAGUUAUUGGCGAGCAAGGUGGAAAAAUAUUGGCGAGAACAUAUUGGAUACAUUCUGGUUUGAUUAUGUUGACAAAGAAACAUUUUUAUGCAAUGUACAAUGCUGGAAUGCUGUUAUUUAUGGAGAUAUGUGAAACAAUACAACAUCGAGAAAAUUUCAUAUUUGCAAGAAAAUAUUAGGAACUGCUGUGCUGCGCAGUGAUAGAAAACUAUAAAUUUAGAAAGAGAAGAAUCAAAAAAAGUUUGAAGUAUUUGAAUUUUGAAAGAUAAAAAAACUUGAUUUUAUUUGUGGUUUUUAUUAAAUAGUGGUAAAAAGUCCCUUAUUUAAUAUUCGUUUUUGAGGUUAUAUAGUUCUUGAUUUUCUUCAAAUCAAAAAAAGAAAAAAAUAAUUUCGAGAAUAAUGCAGAAAUCAGCUUAUAAUGCCAAUAUAUCUGACUAUAAGACAAUUUCUAUCCUCGGUCACUGUUUCAACAAUAAAGCAGUAGUUCAUCUUGCCAAACACUUGCCUUCAGGAGAAAUGGUGGCUAUCAAAAAAUUUAAUAUGGAUAGAAUUAAAGAAGACAUUAAUUUAGUUGAGAGCGAAAUCAUUUUAACCAAGCAACUUAGCCAUCCAAAUAUUAUUCCCUAUAUUACAGCAUUUGUAACAGGACCUGAGGUUUGUGUGGUGAGCCCACUUAUGGCAUAUGGUUCAUGUAGGGAUUUAUUGAUUAGACAUUUCAAUGAGGGUUUAUUGGAACCAGCAAUCAUAUUAAUUAUCAAAGGUCUUCUAUCUGCUUUAAUUUAUAUUCAUAAAAAAGGAUACAUUCAUAG